AUGAGUGCCAGCGGACUCGAGGUCCACCGUAAUCCAGGUACCCAGCUGUUGAUCAAGGACAGCACAGUGACCGGCAUGCUCGAGACUGACGUGGACAGAGUGGGCGUGGAUGCAGACGGUGUGGACAUUGAUGUGGAUGCAAAUGACGUGGACGUGGACACAGAUGACAUGGACGCAGACGCAGACGGUGUGAACAUGGACGCAGACGAUGUGGACGUGGAUGCAGACGAUGUGGACGUGGACGCAGACGAUGUGGACGUGGACGAGUGGACAUUGGACAGCUCAGGGACAGCCGCAGACAACAUGGAUGACGUAGCCAGCGCCGACGGGGCCGCUGACACUACAGAUUCAGAGCAAAGGGACGUUGACGAUACUGUACCAGAAGAGAGGCGAGGAACGGUCAUACCUGUUGAUGUACCCAUUGGCCCUGAAUGA